UGGAUGUCCCUUCACCUGGUGGACGUUCUUCUACCGGCAAGUGAUGGAGAUCUUCAAGUUUCCGAUUCAACUCUGCCCGGACAUUCUGUUUAUGGCACUGCUGCAAAUCAUCUCGUCACGAUGUCUCGCCAGGGGCUGUUCACUACAUUGAUUCCGAUUUUCCUCGGAAAUCACCCCAACUCUGGAACGAUCCUGCACCACGCGAAUUCUGGACCAACCGCCACCGGGAGUGCUGCACCAGCAUCGUGGCCUGAAAGCACCCUUUAUCGCUUCUGCGAUGGAGAGUCAGAUCUUCCCGGGACCUUCUGUUGAAUCGCUGUCCGGAUUGGCCUCGAACAUGGCUGGGUUGAACCUGGGAGCUCCUGGAACACUGU